UUUCUUUUACCACGCCGUUGCUGUUUUAACGGGUGCGCGAAGCCGGCAAGUUGGAAACUCGUGUUAAUCCGAAAUAGUGGAAAAUGCGUGCAAGUUGACAUAUUUGCCUGUUGUGUUACGCAAACGUAAAACCCAGCAUGGUUAUGAGAGUCCCAGCCUUCCCACGGCCUGCGCGGCCCCCGCGCCCAAUGUUUCGAGGAGUGAUGCCUCCGCCACCGCCACCACCACCACCCCCUGGUGGACCCUACGGCCAGUUCCCACCAGGGCCACCAUGCUUCUCUCCUGGGGGUAGGCCGCCCAUGCCUCCUGGGGGACCAGGUGCCUUUCGUGGUGCCGACCACAUGAGGCCCAUGAGACCCCCCCUGCGGGUGUUUGGGCCCCCUCCUCCUCCUCCUCCGCCGCCACACUUCAUGCGAGGUCCCGGUGCCAUGCGCUCUCGCCCACUCUUCCGGCCGCCUAAGUUCAGCCCAUACCCAGUCGGGGUCAAGGUCAAGAAGGAGGAGCCUCUCAGUCCUAGCAAAACCAAUGCUGCCAACAGCACGACAAACAUCACUCAGAAAUCGGUCUCUGAUGGCACGAAUUCAACACCAGUGAACGACGGCACUUCCCAGAUCACUGCAACAGCGAAUGGCACUGUCACGACCUCAUCUGCUACAGCCUCCGUCAAGAUUGAAGCAACUGCAGCCACAACCACAAAUGCAAACAGUGGCAGUGGUGCGAAAAACGGCCUGGCUGCAGCGAUUGAGGCAGCCAAGCGGGACGGCAUUCCAGUGGAGAUGAUCCAGGCGCUGUACUGCAAGCUGUGUGACGCCAAGCUCAAUGGUAGCCUUCAGGCGACGGCCCACUACGUUGGCAAAAGCCACGCUAAGCGAGUCAAGCAGUACCAGCAGGGCCAGGGCCGCGUGGGGCAGCAGCGGCUUAAUGCUGCUGCAGCAGCUGGCGGGGAUGUCAGCAAGGGAGCAGCAACGGACGGAGGCAAGCGACCUGUGCCAGAUACCUUGGAAAAGUUCUGCAAGCUCUGUGAUGUGGCAUUUACCUCGGAGAUCCAGGCAAAACAGCACUAUGAUGGACGUAACCAUCAGAGGCGAAUGCGGGGAGAGCCUCCUCUUCCCAAGGGCUUCUACAACCCAGCCACAGGACGCUGGCAGAGGCAACCGCCUCCAGGAAUGGCCCUCAAACCCCCAACACCAAGAAAGCCACCAACCCCUGGGAACCAGUUCUACUGCGAGCCGUGCCGCUCAUCGCUGACCUCUGAGCAGCAGCUGCAGUCGCACCUGCAGGGCGCCAAGCACAAGGCACGAGUGGGCGGCCUGUCCACCGCAGUCACAGCGCAGGUGGUGACUGCGAAUGCUGCGGCAGCCAUGGCUGCGGCUACAGCUGCAGGCACCAUAUCCAGUGCUGGAGGCCGGCCCUCCCAGCUACCACAACCAUAUGUGGCCUUUGUGCCUGGGCCCACCAUGACCUGUGGAACUGAAUUUUGCUAUGUUCGACCUUACAAGGCGCAAGGAAAACGCUUCAUGGGACCUGCUAAAUCUGUGGGCAAUAGGUCCCUUGGCCAUUGGAGUGACUGCAGGUUCUCAACAUCAUCACCUAGACACUCAACAACCAGCAGGGUCUUUCUUGGAAGUUGGUGCCUCUGUCCAUACUGUUAUAGAUACUACAGUCGCAUUACUACUAGACAGCUUGGUUGUGUCAUGUGUCUACGGCAACAGAAUCCGUGCUCAUACACCCAUUCACAUUUGGACACACAUUGGCGGUGAACGCCACCUGUUGGUUCUUUAGGGGCAGCCACUGCUGACAGUCCCAAGGCCCUGUCACGGAGCAGUGCAGUAGUCAUGUGUAAAGAAAGCAUGGAUAAUAAUUAUAAACUCACACCCAUGAACAUGUCUGUGGCUUCCCCUUCUUGUUUUUGAAAAUUUAUUCUAUUGUGAUCUCCUUGUUGUCUCUCACUUCAAGCAAAAAGAGACUGCACCGUUUCUUUUGCUAAGGUAUCUGUGAGCAGCCAUCACUGAGGAGAAAGCAUUCAGCAUGAGUGUCAGUUGUGGAAGAGGCCUUUAGAAUUUUGCAUUAGUAAGAUCUUGAUGAGGGCUAGUUGGUUCAUAUUUAGAAGUGAGGUGAAACAGCGCGAAAAAGACGAGGACACAAGGAAACAAAUACCACAGACAAGCGCUGACUGCCAACUGGAAGUUUAUUUGAAAAUCACCGGACAUUUAUAGCUUCAUCAGCAUAGGCAUGCGCACAUCAUUCACAAAAACAUCUGCAAAUCAUCAUUUUAAUCUUUCUUCCAAAAAUGUUAUUUCUUUUCCCGACAAGGCAAGAGAGGGAGUGCUCACACAUUUAUCGCCUUCCUUUCUUAUAUGAAAGGCCUCUAUUAUCUCCCUUUCCUUCUUGCUCUUUCCUUUCCCUAUGAAUUUAGUCUUUUCAAAUAUGGGGGUGCAUUGGCACUUCUUACAGUGUCCAGCUAAAUGACUCCCAUAGCCAUUCUUUAGGUUAGUGCUGUGCUGACGGAAAGAGCAAGAAGGAAAGGGAGAUAAUAGAGGCCUUUCAUAUAAGAAAGGAAGGCGAUAAAUGUGUGAGCACUCCCUCUCUUGCCUUGUCGGGAAAAGAAAUAAAAUUUUUGGAAGAAAGAUUAAAAUGAUGAUUUGCAGAUGUUUUUGUGAAUGAUGUGCGCGCAUGCCUAUGCUGAUGAAGCUAUAAAUGUCCGGUGAUUUUCAAAUAAACUUCCAGUUGGCAGUCAGCGCUUGUCUGUGGUAUUUGUUUCCUUGUGUCCUCGUCUUUUUCGCGCUGCUUCACCUCAGUUCUAGGCCUUCAGAGCUGGGCUGAAGUAAAGCCCCUCCAUCCAGACGCCACCGCCGCUCUUUUAAGUAGCGACAACCUUUGAUGUGCACUGCCUUUUUCCCUCACACCAAAUCCGGUUCCGACAUUUCCGGUUUCAAAAUUUCCGGUUCUGGCGUUUCCGCUUCCUGGAGUUGCGCUGCGGGAAUUUCUGCUUUGACUGCCGAUGGUGAGACGCCCGCACGUGCUUAGCAGCCGGCGCUAAUCUGAGUAGCUCAAGCUCUAGCCCAUGGUCUUACACCAUGCUCUUGCCACUCCACAGAGCGUCAUCCGUGUGCAUCUGCGCACUUUAAGAAUACUCUCUUUCUCUUGUCUGUCCUGAUUGAUACGAAAUUUGCUGGGCUCGAGCAGAUGCCGUCUAAAUUCACGACGCCAUGAUGAGCUGUUGAGCUGGUGGACGACAGGCAAAGCGUGUGUACGCUGCGCGCACACGCUUUGCCUGUCGUCCCCUUUCGUCGUGCUUGCAGUUUCUAGAUCUGUGGCAGUCACCAUAAGAAGAAUGCAAAGAGGACAAGCUGUUGUAUUCCGCUGAAGUAGUAGUUCGCGGUCGCUGUUUUCCAAAUGCACGAAAAACGGCAGUGGUUUCCGAGCACCCAGGCACUACAUUCCACUGUACGUUGCCUCUCAUGGCACAACCCGUCGCACGUUGACGCAAAGCAGCGAACACGACCAGAUCGCUGUUUACAAUAGGCGGUGGUUCUUGGAUGGAAUCGCAUUAACAGUUUAAACCGCAGCUGGUGCAAUUAAACCUCUCCAUCGACGCGAAAGUAAACAAGGAUAAAAAAUAUAGCGUCACUUCCACUCAGAACAGGAAGCUGAAGCCACGUAAGUUCCGCUUGACGCCGGAAGCUGAAGGGGUGAGUGAGAGAGAAGCGUGGAGGAGGAGGGUAGGUUGGCGGUACUUAACCUGGUCGGCGGUGGCGCGUGGAUGGAGGGGCUUUAGGCUGAAGGGGCAUCUUUACUGUGAGUUGUUUUUGAAGUUUCUGCUGGCUGGUGAGAAGCGGUUGCGUGUCAGCACUUUGCUUGCUUGGGAUCAGUGGGUCAUGUUUUGCCCAAAGAUAAUUGCCUGUCUGGGAUAAUGAAUUUAUAUAUUGAUUGCAAAUAUGGUUUUUGUGCUGGCAUUAUUCGUGAGAUUUUGUCGUUCUUGAGCACUCGAAACUGGUUGACAACAUUUUGCCAUACAUAUAUUCAUCGUUAAGAUUGGUUGGUGAGGAGGCUUUUUAAGAGAAUCUUUCAAUCUUUUUUUUAAUGUAAUGAUUGCAAACAUUCUUUGAACCAUUCAAUCAAUUUAAUAUACCAAAGCCUUUCUUAUCGUCUAUACAUAGACCAUCGCAUUUGUCCAGUUGGUUUGUGGGCAUUCCUACUCGUAGUUUUCUAAGUGCAGCAUCAUUCUGUGGGUUUGCUUGUUGGUAGCAGCGUUAUUGGUUUGCCAGAAUAAAAAAAGUGAUUAAUCAUCACAGUCCAUUCUAGUUGUUAUAUAAGCAUCAUGUCUUUUUCUCUCUGCACUCAACUCUGCGGGGAGCUUAUUUUUGUAUGAGUGUGGAUGAGAUUGUGUGGAUGUUUACCUCUGAGUGAACCACAAAAUUCAAUGUUACCUGAUGUUCAUCAUUUUUUAUGCUGGCAUUACAUCGGGGAAUGUUAUUAAAUGUCGACAUAUGUGCAGGAAUUGUUGCUUCGAAUGCAGGUUUGUUGACUCUGUUAGGCUAGAAUGGCUUGUUUCGUUGAAAGCUCAGCUUUCUAUUUUUAUGGGUUAAUUUCAAUCUGAUCAGCGUGUGUAUGCAUGGUGUAGUCUUAUGCGUAGCAUGCUGGGUUGAAUUGCAGCAGCACUUUAUGUUCACAUAGCUGUUGAUCUGAUGUAGAGCUGUUUGUCGAGUUCCUGGCCCAUUAUCUUCACUGCAGCUGCAGCUUCUGGUCAUAUUUUAGCAUGGCACGAUGGUGUUGAAUGUGUUGCGGUGCAACACGUUUUAAGGCAUUAUUGCUAUUAUUAUUUUUAACCUUUUCAACUCGCGAAGUGCAAAGUUGUGGUGUUCCAUCAUGUAUACUCUCUCCCCUGUUUGAGAGGCAUUGAUUGCCAGAGCUUUUAUGGGUAAUUUUUUCUUCGUGUGUGGAUUGGGUUUUGCUGUUCUGUGAUAAGUGUAGUGAUGAGCUUGUAUACAGCAAACGGGGCUUUUUAGCUCUUCAAUUUCUGCAGAAUACCUGUACGAACGCCUUUGCUAUUCGCCGGUGCUCUGCAAGACUUGUACUGCGGUCUCGUGUGGCACACUGGAUUAGGCCGACAGGAAAGCAUGCAGCAGGCUGCUGUAUUCCAUAAAUAUAGAAGCCUCUACCUGUUUGACAAAUUUGCUCUUCAGCCGUAUGGCAGUUCUAUAGAAAAGUAUUGUCUAAAGAAUGCACAAGAAAUUGCAUAUACAUCUUGUUGUUGACAAUAGCUGCCUGUGUUUUUACAAUGCGUGCUUAGUGGCACCAAAACUGAGGGAUCACGUGAACUUCUCUAGUGGAAGUUACAGUACCGGCUGUUUCAGGAAAGGCUUUCAGUGGUUGCUGUACACUGCGGAGCAGAGAUUAACUUUGUCGGUAGUAAUGCAUUUUAGGUGACGAGUGUUGGGGCUUACGCGGCAAUCAAUGAUGGGUCACUUAAAUAAUUUUAAAUGUUAUAGAGUCAACUCUAGCGGCCAUGUGUACAGGCCAUGUCGUUAUUGCAAAAUUAGGGCCAGCCAGUUUACAAAGCAUGUUUAUUUCUAAGGAGUAUUGUGACUAGCAAUAGAUUUAAAAGAAAUGAUGGUGACCAACCAAAUCUCAAUAUUUACUUGGCUAAAACUGUUAAGUUGUUUAAUCAGUGUUCGUUAAAUUCGAGGUUCGAUGUUUCUCGACAGGCCUGUGGUUUGUGACAACUGCCUGCACAGAACUAAGAAUCUAGCGUAUUGCAUUAUACAGGAAAAAAGCAAUAACUUAAUCAUUCAAAAACUACAGACCAUAGCAAGAUGCGGUUUUUCACAUGAAUGCACAGGAAAACAUAGGAAUUCUGUUCCGUAAUACAUGUUAUAGCCAGAGUAGUUACAGUUGAGGGUUCCUAGUGGUCCUUAAAACUGCCAUUUUCAAGGCCUUGAAUGCCCUUAAUUUAAAUUUUACAGAGCAUAAAAAUCCUUGAAUAUAGCUUUUUUCUGGGUUUGUAGAGUUUUAUUUGUGUAUUUGACCAUGGAGGCUCUUGCAAGCCCAGAAUCGAGGGAGCUUGAUUUCAUUUUUGUGGUGGAAGCCAUCUUUUUUGGUAUGGCUAGUGAUGGUUAAUGUGUAAAAAGCUUAGCGAGUACCUUUUCUUACAUUUUUUGUGCAAUAAAAAAAAAAGCUUGCUGUUUGUUUAAGGCAGGCUUUUAUUUUCAAGAUGUUUGGAAUCACAGUUCUUUUAUACUUGAAAUUGCUUUACAAUAGCCUCAGAAUUCCUUGAAAACCCCUAAAUGAUUUUCCAAAGAGGCUUCUACAGACCUAGUUACAUUUGUAACAAUGGAUUACAUUUCAGUUUGGUCAACAGCAUCACCGUUUGGUGGCAAGUACAGAUCAUGACUAUUGAUUUUUUUGUUCCGAGAAACAAAAUACAUUUUUCUGUGUGAAACUGCAGCUUGCUAGGGUCUAUAUGUAUGGCCAACACGAUGCUCAAAUUAUUAAUUUUUUUCUUUCGUGUUUCACUGUAUAUAUCUGAGCAGAUGAGCCCCGCUUGCCUUACAAGCUCAAGAGUGAGUAAUGAUGCUGGUUAUGUGAUAUGAACUGGGGUUAUGGUGUGCAUGAAGAGCUUAUAGGGGGGGAGCUGCAGGUGUAUGGCAGCUGGUCUUGCUUGCUGCUGGUCUCAGUUGCUGGAACUGUGUGCCGUGUUUCUGCAGACGCGUGUAUUAAGAGUGUAAGAAUAGUGCUAUAUGCGCAUUGUCCUUAGCAUGCCGUUUUUUGCCUGUGUACUUUACUAUGUGUGUUAUUACUCAUAGGGCGAGAUGGAUCUCUUGAUAUCUGUAUCUAUUUGCGAUGCAUUUUUGUCAUGUUAGCAGUAAAAUAGUGUGUAUGUGAGUGAGUGGGCAAGUGUGUUCAUAUAAUGUGUGAAACUGUGAGGAUAAGGACUGUGUGUGUGUGUGUUGGUUCUCAUUUGCUGGUGUUGUUGGGAGAUUCAUUUUGCACCUACUGGGUAAGAAGUGUAAAACAAACUGAAGACAAUUUGGUGCUUCGGUACGCUACUUUUCGCUAGAUGCCAUGCUCUAAAACUUGCCUUUCUGGUUCAGUGCUAGCAAAUUUACCAACCGAAACUGACUGAUCUUUUUUUUUUACUUUGUUGUAGAAACCACUAGUUGCAACUCUUAAGCUAUCAAAAGGUGUGUAAGUAUAGUUAUAAGUCCGAUUUAAAAAAGAAAAUACUUUCUGAAAUUCAUUGUCUGUCAAGAAUUGAGGAAUAACAUUCAACAUCCAUCGCCACUUUGCAGAGCUCCAAGAAAACCUUUGGUAACCACCUUAAUUUUCCAAUUACUAGAAUCGUUUUCUCUAGCAGUAAUUAAGCUAGCACUUCUUGCCACUUCAGACGUGCUGUACUUUCAUAGGGAGAGACACUUCACCAGAAGUAGAGAUGUAGCUUGCAUAGUUACAUUGGCUUUCAGAGCAAAGUAGAAAGUCUAACGAAGUAAAGCAGUCGCAUUAAUGGCAGUGACCCAAUUGGGCACCUUGAGAGCAUUGCAGUUAGUCAACAAAAUGUUGCUACUCCUUGAAUCAUAAUGUAAUAGCCUAGUCUUGCACUGUGCUUUUGAUAGACUAAUCUCACGGUGGAGUUGCACUCUCCCACUGCUGCUGCAAAGAAUGCCGGUAGCGAAAGUCUUCAGCAGAUGGGACAGCGACGGUCUUUCGGUACGUGUUCCUUCUGGCUUGCCAAGUGACCACUCACUGUGAGGCUGGCAUAUUUGGUAAUCAUAAUUCCUAAAUGUAUUCUUUCAGUCUAGCCUGUCGAAUUUCUCUUUAGUGAAAGAGAUAAGGACAAGGCGUCUUAUCGUUCUGCAUCCCCCCAUCCCCUUUACUGUGGGGCAGCCAAUUGGGCACCAUCAUGGUUAACCUCCAUACCUUUCCUUCUCUCUCUCUUGGGUAGUAUUCUCAAUUGUUCACUUUGAGAUGCAAUCACUUUCAUGAAAUUUCGAAUUUUGUGUGGCUUGCAUCGGUCAUGUUGGCGUUCAGGACGGACAGCAUUGCAGUGGCUAGCAAGAGCAUUCUUAUCACAGGACUAAGAAUGCUUCCGCUCAUAGAAGCAAUGUGCGAAAAUGGUGGUGUCCUUGAAAGUAAACAACUGAGAAUACUGGCCCAGAAUUUCACAGCUGCAGCAUGGUUGAGAGGAUUCGCUUACACAAAAAUAAUCUCCCUCUCUUUUUUUGAAGCAGAGAAAGAACAUUUUAAUAAGUAUAUUCUUGUGACACAGCUGAUCCAACGUUCCAGUCAAGGUUGCCUUUAGUCUAAGUACAGCAGAAAUGAGGAGAUGACUACUGCUGUCAUAGCAUAAGCCAAGCAGGUAUAUGCCCUUUAAGCCUGAUGAGAUUGGUCUAUGACUAGCUGUCUUAUUUUUUAUGCCUCCUUUGUAUUUUGAAUAAGAAAGAAAGAAAGCAAUGCUUUGAAGAGAAGGGUUGUUGCAUUGUAGUGAGUCUUCGUAACUCUUGCAUCCAUCUUCGAUGCAGCUGUGAAGUGAAAAAAAUGUUUACAUACUAAUAAGUUGUCUUGAUGCAGGUCAAUGCUGUGUGCUUACGUUGAAAGAGCUGGAUGUGCAGUCAACAAAAAUUUUAUCUUCCCCUACAACGUCAUGUACAGCACUUUGGCAUGACUUGGAGAGUCAUUGUAAAGCCCUUUUUGAGCACACAAGGUCCUGAAUGAAAAGUUUGUUCAAUAAGGGAAUUUUAUUAUGGAACUGUACAGUAUUUCAUGUAUUGGUGCACUCUGAUUUCAUUGGAUAAAAUGCUAUCAAGAUAGAAAUAAUACAUGCAUCACACAGUGACUGUCCUUCAAAGAAAGGCAGUCCAAUUUAUUCUAAAGCGACAAGAUGGCUCCCAUACUUUUUUGUUUGGGUCGACUGCCUUGCUGGUAUAUGCAGACAAUCAGGCCGAGAUAAAUCGCUUCCAUUUUUGUAUACCAUGCUGUUUUUCAUGAAAGGUGUACUUUUGAAUAUAGGGCGAGUGGAUUGAUUGAAGUAGCGGCAGUUGAUCGCAUUUGUAUUUCCCCUGCUGCUACAGAUCUUGUGUGUACAAGUACCUUAGAUGAAUUUAAGAGUUGAUAAUAAUACAGAGACAUUUGUAGUUUUGAAAAAUGGGAAAAUGGAAUCUAUUAAGGUGCACACAGGCACUGCGGGACUGAUGCUUUUCACCAAAAGCUUCAUUGUCAAUCUUGGGAGCGUUUUCAAUCAGCAGUGUGCCAUUUCAGCCCACCAGAACUCGACAAAACCACUCAUUGUAGACUGUUGAAGGAGAAUGGACCUUCUGUGGUACGAGUUCUGGUUUUUAGAUUUGUGUACAAUUAGUAAGUGCAGGAAAAUGAUAACUUCAUUAGUGUCUCGCCGAGCACUCCUUAACAUAGUGUUCGGGCAUUGUUGCCGCUCAUAAGAGCAUGGGUAUAAGAUAUGUUGUGUAAUACCACAAAGUCCCGUUCUGACAAAAAAAAAUUGUAAGUAAAUGCAAUUCAUUGUGCAAGCAUCUUGUGCAAGCUUGAAAAAAAAAAAAUCCUAUAAACUGCAUUUCUAGGUUAGCAGGUGAAAUUGAGCACUGUGUGCUCAAGUCCAAGUUUCAAGUUCAGAUUGUGGUUUUUUGGGGGGGUUUUCAUGAAGAGUGGUACGUGUAUACCUGUUCAAGUAAUACUAAGCCUCAUGUAAUGCAAGUUGAGACAAGCCACUUUUGACUGUUGUGGAUUGUUUGUGUCAUUGCUCUGUGAGUCAGCCAUUUUGUGAGAUUUUGAAGCAUUUCAUGGCCGACAUACCAAUGUUAGCCUACUAUAUUUAGCCUAUUUCAUGUGCUCUGCUUGGGAGGAUUUGGAUAGGGCAGACAUUUAAAGAAGGUACUGACAUGGACUUGUGAAGCGUUGCUGGUGCUUGUGACAUUGGCAAGAAGGUCAACACCUUUUCUGUUGGUUAUUACAUGGCUGAGUCUUACCCGGCUGCUAAGCAUUGCACAUCAUGGGAAGUUUGAACAUGUUAUUGUUACUGAAGGCAGUACAGUUGUGUAGUGGAAGGUGCACUGAUAUCGGGAUGGAUAAUAUGUAACGAUUCUUUUGGCUUUAUUCUAUUGCUUAUCCACUGCUCACCACUGGUGAAGCCUCCUAAUAAGUGUGGGUUUCAGCUAUUUGGUAACCUGUUUUAACUGAUCAACAGUGUAAGUGAAAGAUGCAGGACAAAAAGGAGGUGGCGUAUGUCAUAUGUUUUUUUUUUGUCCUUCAUAUUUUGCUUGUGCUGUGAGUCUGUUACUGCUGGUAAUGUAGGCAUAGCACUAUUUGGAAAAGGACUGAUAUUGGAGUUGUUGCAGUAUCCUGGCCUAAACAGUAAAUGAACACGAUAUGUUCGUUUUAUGCUUCGGCAUUGUCCAAUACUGCUUGAGGGUUUCUUGAUUUUCGAGCAUUGUGGAGGGGAAGACAAAAGGAAGGGCAUGGAGAUUAACUGAAUUCUUAGAUUUUGUCCAUUUGGCUGCUCUUCCCACGGGAAAGGAAGCUGGAAUGCAAAAGAAAGAAGCGGCAAGCAUUUAGACAGAUCUGGUGAGCCUAGUGGAAUUGUGUAAACUUCUGUGAAGUGUGGUAUGAUAUUGGCUUGUUUCUGUUGCUGUGUAUAGUUCACUUUUUGUAGUGGCUAUACUGAAAAUUUGGUACUUGCGAAGGGGUGGUACUUGGUAGAUUCACCCAACUGUGCUGUUGUCGCAGCAGCAGACGAGCUCUGCACCAUGCCAUGUUUCACAUGUCUGUGACUGUGCCUAGGUGCACAUUUUGGUUAAGCAGGCAUAGGCGAUAUAGGAUAUUUAACACAAGAGGACCAGGACCACUAUUUCAAGUAUAUGUACUGUGGGCCACUUUUCAGAACAUCUGAGCGUGUUUGAAUUAAAAGGAGGUUACUCUCUGGCUCUUGCAGAAAAGUAUUUUUCCAACCCCCUGUCCGGGCAGAAUGUGUGCUCGUAGUGCUUUUCUCACUCCGUCAACCCGUCGCAAAGAGUUUUCAAAGUAUAUCGGCAUUGUCAGUGUUCUGCAAUCUAUAUUUAGAGUUUAGUGAAAUAGUCCUUGUUCCAGACUUGCCUGAUCUUUUAAAGGGGCUCCGACGCCCUUCUUUGAUUGACAACCACAGACGUUGCUGAAAUGGUUGGAGGUAGCAUGUGAAAACGCAGCGAAAGAGUUGUCACAAGUUGUUGGAUAUCGAGUGUCUUUUUGUUGUCAUAACACUGUUGGACCUCUGUGAAAUCUGGAAUGACGAGUCAUCCACCGCCUUCCAUAUUUCGUAAUUUUAUCUAUUUUUCUGCUCUGCACAUUUCUGCAAAUUUCUACCUGUGGCAUGUACAUUUGUCUUUUCCUCUUCUAGGCUCUUGCAAAGUGAUGUUAUGUACGAUGUGAAUGUACGUUGCUGCAUUCCUUUUGUGCUGUAGGGUAGUAAUACUUGGCUGGGUAUUUAAGCUGCAUUGAAAGAGUUGCUCGGAGCCCCUUUAGUGUGCUGCUAUAUAGUGGAUGCUGUCGGAAUGAGUUGCGGCCUUUAAGUAAUAUAUGACUGGUUUUGUGAAGUGACUGGACACUUCCAUUGCACCUGUCUUGUUUUUAUUUUUCUGAUCCUGAAGGCUUCACUUCUGCUGCAGUCACUGAUCCAGUGUCUCCAUGCAGGAAUAUUAUCAUACUGCAGCUGAAGUCUGGGCUUCAUAUGUGUAGUUUUAGAAGUGCUUGCACCGUUCUGUUUGUUAGCACUUAUGUGACCACUUUUCUUGAGUGCUAUGCUGCGAUGUUCAGUGUGCUGAUGCUGGCCAUAGUGCAUUUGGCGAAGUGAAGUUGACUCACUGUACUACUGUUUUCUUUGUUCACAGGAAUAAAAAACAAGGAAAGAUA